AGAAAAAAAUGGUGAGUACCUCUCAUACAUGGCGCAUUAUAUCGAUGAAGAAGACGUAUGGAAAUGUCCAAAACACCCUUCAAAGCGCCGACGAACAGGAAUCUGCCACGUAUGUCUCCGUGAGCGGCUCUCGUCUCUCUGUCCUCACUGUGCUAAAGUACGCCCCUGCUCUUGCUCCGCCACUACAACAACCGCUCAUAAAUCCUCCGCCGAUUCAUUCGUCGCUGAAAUUGGAACCGUUGGCCGCGUUUCAAAUCUGAUCGACGGCGAACCUGCCUUCCGUCGGUCUAGGUCAGUCGCAAUUCCGUUCCUCCGGUCAAAGCCGUCGGUUGAUAGUAAAGAUAGCCGGAAUAUCGUCUCAUCGUCUUCGUUUUGGUCAAGGUUUAGAAGCGGAAAUAGUAGUCGGAGAGAAGCGGAGUCAAAUUUGACGGCGGCGAGUAAUGGUUAUGAAAAUGAUAAUAAUAAAGAGCGGAGGAGGAGUAUGAUGAGGAAAUCAAGGUCCGUCGCGGUAACGUCGGAAUCCGCUAAGUCGGCGAAGGGAAGAGGCUGGUAUUUUCCGAGUCCGAUCAAGGCUUUCCGGCAAUCGAUUUCCAGAGGAAUAAUGGUACACGAAAGAUCUCCGUUACAUAGAGGUUGAAUUUUAUUUACUGAAAAUUACCAAAUUAGAUCAGUCUUAAAAAUGACAGUAUAGUUUUUUAAUUAACAGCUCAACUUAGAAAUUCAAUGUUUAUUUAAUUUUAUUUUCGUGGAUAUAAAUUUUUUAUUGAUUCAUCAAAAGUAGCAAAUUUUCUUUUUUUUAAUUGUAUACUUACUAUUUUGUUUCCAAUAAAAUCAUAUUGAAAAUUUUAAUUGAA